AUGAUUGUACGGAAGGUUUUCAUGCGGCAGAGCCGCCAGGUCCUCGCCCUGAGUCGACGAGCCCCGAUCUCAGGUCGCUUCCAAUCGACACUGGCCGGAACACCAGACGAGACAUUGCAGAGUCCCCCUACCGAGUCCAUUACAGAGUCAAUUCAGCCCGAUAACCCUCUUGCGGAGAUGAUACAAGCCCAAGCCCAAUCCCAAGCACAACCGUCGCAAGAUCCCGCUAGCGGAAUCCCAUUCCACAAGCUCGGCUCAAAGGUCAAAACCGAAUACCACCCCGAAGACGUCCUCCCCUCCGGUACUCACAUGGGUCACUCUACUUCUCGCUGGAACCCGCAGAACUCCCGCUACAUCUUCGGUAUCCGUGAAGGUGUGCACAUUAUUUCCCUGGACGCGACAGCCGCCUACCUCCGCCGAGCCGCGAAGGUUGUCGAAGAAGUCGCCGCGCGCGGCGGUCUCAUCUUGUUCGCCGGUACCCGCAAGGGCCAGAAGCGGGCUGUUGUCAAGGCCGCCGAGUUAGCGAAGGGAUAUCACAUUUUCGAGCGCUGGAUUCCCGGCUCGUUGACCAAUGGCCCGCAGAUUCUCGGCCAUUGCGAGACCAAGGUUGUCAACGCGCUUGAUGAGGAGUUGGAUGACUUCAAGAAGGAUUUGGCGGAUCGUCCGUCCCUCAAGCCUGACCUUGUGGUGUGUUUGAACCCUCUCGAGAACGUGGUGCUUCUGCACGAGUGUGGCCUGAACAACGUCCCCACUAUCGGUAUCAUUGAUACUGAUGCGGAUCCUACGCGUGUCACUUACCCCAUUCCUUCGAACGACGAUAGUCUCCGGGCUACUAGUUUGAUUGCGGGAAUUCUGGGCCGUGCUGGCGAGGCGGGUCAGCAGCGUCGCUUGAAGAUGGCACAGGAGGGUAAGACCACCUACAAGCCAAUUACGGCUGCUGAGCUGCGUCUUGAUCCCUUCACCGGAAUGAAGCCCGAGGAGAUUCAGAAGAAAUAG